UAACACCGUGUGGUGGUGACGUCAGCAGCAGUUCUCGACCCAGUUGUUCACAUAGAUCAGGAGGAGGAGGAGGGAGCGUUAAUGUCGGCUGAAACUCUCCAUUUGACACAUUAAAGCAGAGUGAGCCUUCCCCCUCAUCAUGUCCCAGGAUAAGAGUGGAUACCCUGUUAUGGGUGAGAACAACCCACUUCAUAACAGUGUCUACGGACCCCCUCAGCCAGGGUUCGACAUGCCCCCUCCCAACUACAGCCAAGCCCCCGGGGGGCCGUACCCACCAGCAGCGAGCUACGGCCAGCCGGGCUUCGCCCAGGCAGGCCCGGGUUGCGCCCCUGGCCCCUACCCUCAGAUGCCUUACCCUCAGAUGCCCUACCCACAGGAACCCUACCCCCAGGGGCCUUAUCAGCAAGGGCCUUAUCAGCAAGGGCCCGCACAACCAGGCUUUGCCGGUGACCCAAUGGCAGCACCUGCAGGCAGCCCUGGUUACCAAGGUGAUGUUCCUCCAAAUUACUACGACAAUGAGGAAUUCACCAACUCUGGUUUUGAGGACAAAACCAUCCGACAAGCCUUCAUCAGAAAGGUCUUCGCGGUUCUCACGGUGCAGCUGCUGAUCACUUUCUCCUUUGUUGCCAUCUUCACCUUUGUUGACGAAGCAAAGGUCUUUGUGCGACGUAAUCCAUGGACAUACUAUGUGUCCUACGUGGUCUUUCUCGUGUCCCUGAUCACCCUCAGCUGUUGUGGAGAAUUCCGCCGCAAGCACCCCUGGAACUUGAUUGCACUGUCCAUCCUGACCCUGAGCCUCUCCUACAUGGUGGGCAUGAUCGCCAGCUUCUAUGACACAGAGACGGUCAUCAUGGCCGUGGGCAUCACUGCAGUGGUCUGCUUCACGGUCGUGCUCUUCUCACUACAGAGCAAGUAUGACUUCACUUCCUGUCAGGGCGUGCUGUUUGUGUGCCUGAUCGUGCUGUUGCUCUUCUCCAUCCUCUGCAUCUUCAUCCGCCACAGGAUCCUGGACAUCGUCUAUUCCUCACUGGGGGCCCUGCUCUUCACCUGCUUUUUGGCUGUGGACACUCAGCUCCUCCUGGGCAACAAGAAGCUGUCUCUGAGUCCAGAGGAAUACGUUUUUGCCGCCCUCAACCUCUACACUGACAUCAUCAACAUCUUCCUCUACAUCCUGGCUAUUGUGGGACGUUCCCGUGAAUGAAAUAAUUAAAUGAAAUAGGCAGGGAGAUAAAGAAUGGCUCCUUUUUAUUGUGAAAUGUUAAUACUAACAUGCUCUCUAACUCUUUAAACUUUUGUUUCACUUUGUCCCAUAACACACUUCCUUUCCUCUCCUAUCACACCCACACCUUUUUUGCAAUUAAUGUCAAAAUGAUCUGUCUUUUUGACCACUUGUUGCUGUAACUCUCCUCUGCUUCUACUAACACUGGUAGCUACAUAAUGGCUACAUUACCUUUACCCAUACUUUCAGUGUGACUCAGCUCCUACAGUGUAACACAUGUUAUCCCGUGGAUGCAUGGCACUCGGCCUUGCCUUGCUUAGCGAUUAAACAGAGGAAGAGCGGGGAUGGAAUCUGUAGUGCCUAAUAUUGAUGCAAACCAGCUUUGCUUGAAAACAAAUUAGUGCUAGAAAUACCCAUUUUUCAAUCCGUCUGAUUCCCCAAACAGAUCUCUCCCUUUGAGCCCGCUGAUGUUAAUUAACUCUGCAUGGCAACACUGGAAACAAAACUAAAAGCGUGUUAUGUUUCUUUAGAGCUAACAGAGGAAUAUCUCGGAAUUGCUUGUCACAGCUGUAAAUAGUUAAAUGUAUUAGUGUAUAUGAAGCCAGUACCCCACCCCCCUUUACCCCCUGCCCCCAAAUGGCAUGCUGAAGUGAUUCCUUUGGAUUUGUUGCUUUUCAGGAAAGAAUUGCUCUGAUAUCAGAACUUCACUGAUCGAGUACAGCAACUUAAAUAUUAUAAUGGCAAGAGAAUGAAGAUCAAUGUUGGAUGUAUAUAACUUAACAUGAACAUAAAGCAGUAUUUAUAAACCGUAUAUUCUUACGGACAUCUUUUCAAAAGGAAAGAGAAAUUAGUUUUUAGUAUAAAUAAUUCCUAUGAUUCAUAAGCUGAUGUGUCCCCUUAUAUUUUUUCUUUACUGUUCUUACUGAUUUCCUCUUAUCUGGUCAUUAAUGUGAAGUACAAAUGUAGUGCUGUGUUUUAUUUUUCUUAUUACCUAAUGUGAACAAAAAAAGGAAGUUUUGGAAUUCCUGACCACCUCUAUACCAAGCAAAUCCAGGUUUCAGAACUUCAUUAUUAGCUUUUAGGAAGUAAAUGGACGACGGACUUAUAACGUAUCUAUUUAUUGAGCUUGAUGUAGAUACCAGCGUUGAUUUGAAGGUUGUUUAAACUGGUGUUGAGAAAAACAAACUAAAACUGUUGUUUGGACUUACUUAAGGGGAUGGUGAAACCAUUAUAUACACAAGCUAAAGGAAUCAACAUGCACUGGAAGACAGAAUUCUCCUUGCACAUAAACACACACCACUCGACUGACAUAUUCAACAUGAACAUUUUUUUAUUCUGUAACUUCUGUUCAGAUUUUUCACCUCUUGCAUGACCCUCUCAUUUGCAUGUGCUGAUAAUGCACAAUUUACAGGUAUUCCUGUUUAUGAGAGACACGGUGUUGUUAGGCAGCCCUGGUAAACUCUUUUUUUUUAACGUUUGUGUUUGUAUCUAACUAACGUGUACUUGUACAAAGCACUCCUUAGUGGUGUGAUGUGUAUAGAUGAAGUAAUUUUGGGGUUUUGAAGUUCUGUUUUCAUUGUAUAUUUGCAUUAAAUCAAAGUGGAACUGCACUCCUCUACACAGCUGUUAGCUUUUCAUUAAAACUUAUAAAAUGUAA